AUGAACAAUCAAGUUGUGGUGCUUGGGCUUGGGGAUGGCAAAUGCAGCAUCCCGGAAAUUACAGACGCAAACUCUGCCUGUGAGGAUGGCAUUUGUGUUGUGCAAAUGAAGACCAGCCAUCAGGUACACAUGCUACUGAAGAAACUAGAAGACGUCGAAGGCGUGAGUGCAUAUUCACUGAGUGAGUUUUAUGGAGCAAUAGCAGCAAAAGACAAGGAAUAUGUACCACUGAAAAGGUUUGACAAGAACGAGUUUGUUGACUUCCAGUUUUCUGGUGGCGAGCAGUUUAUUGUCCGCACCGACAGUGAAUUUUCGGUAUAUGAUCAGCAAAGCAAGGAGAUGACGAUUUUAAACAAUUUCAAGAUGGGAGGGAAGUGCAAUGCAAGCGAUGACGGUGUUUUUGUUGGUAUUUUCCAGGCAAAUGCUGUUGAAAUACGUGCAGGGCAACGUCUUGAAGUAUUAGGUGUGCUGCAUACCGACGGCGAUGUGAAGAGAAUUGCAUUUAGUCGGUGCAGUAGAUACCUAGCUGUGCACACAGUAAAGGGAGUUGAGCUAUGGGAUGUGAUGAAGAAUAUGUGCAUGCUAAAGAAGGCGUGUGAAUUGAGCAAUGAGUAUGGCGUGUAUGGGAAUGCGGUGUUUGACGAAGGGCUGAUGUAUCUUUCUCGAAGCACAGUAGUUUUUUCGCUUGAACUUGGAAGAGAAAUUGAAGCAAGCGAUAGGUACGCAGGCGUAAAGAGUGUGCAGCAAGAAAGGAACCAGAUAGUGGCAUUUAGCGAGGGAAGGGUGCAAAAGAUAGAGUACAAGAUGGAUGAAUACAGAUUCACGAAGACACAUGCAAACAUUGACGAGAUCAGGUUCUUUUUUGCAAAAAGCAGAUGCUUUGCACUUAUGGCCAAGAGCAUACAAAAGGAACGCAUAUACUUUCUAGAGUCAUAUGGACGAGAUGGAAUAACACAAACACAGUUAACGGGAAAUAUUGAGCAGGUUGCUGUGUCUGAUGGAUUCUUUGUAGUGGCUAACUCUGAGAAUGUGAUUUUUUUCUAUUCUCGAACAAAGUUUGGAUUCAAGCUUAUGAAGGAGGUCAGAAAGGAAGAUUGCGUUAUUCUUGCAUUACAGGACAACAUAUGCUGUGUGUAUGACACGGAUUCAGGAAACAUUGAGUUUUACGACAACAGCAAUCUAAGAACCACAUACACACACCAUCUGUGCACCGAAAUAGUGUGGUCAUACAGCGGACUCUAUGUGUGUUCAUGCUCAACAGGCAGCUGCUCAAGCGGACUGGUACAGGUUUUCAACCGAAACGGAAAGCUGCUUUGGAAAAAGGUAUUCAGUGGGCUUAUUCUAUUUGCCUGGAGGCCAUUUACAUGGAUUAGUGAGGAUGAGAAAGCAAAAGCGCUCAGUGAGUUUUCGGGGGAGAUCUCAAGUGAGAUCGACAGUGAUGGGGAAGAUGCAAGCAAGGAAGAGCUUCUUUUAAGGUGGAAGAAUUAUCUGCUGUCCAAAAGGCAAAUGGCAGCAAUGUCUAAGUAA